AUGAAUCUCUUUCUCUUUCUCGUGCUCUUCGAGCGUCCCCAAUUCAAAUACAUCUUCUCCCGCCGCGCCGACUACUACCCCGUCGACCGCAUUAGCUGGCCCGCCAACUACACCACCCAGCAUGGUGAGCACUGUCCCACCCCCGCCGAGGCCGUCUCGCUCUACGUCGUCGCCGGCGUCGCCCUCGCCGCCGCCAUGGCCUACUUUUGGCAAGCCCGUCUCUUCCGGCUGCUCCCCGUCUGGCUCCGGCCCUUUGCCGCCGAGCAAGGGCCCGACGCGCGCUCCUGGCCCUCGGAAGACGACGCCGACGACGACGACCUGUUCAAGCCCAAGCGCUGGACGCACUGGACCCUCAUCCUCUUUCUCAUUGCGCUCUUUGGCUUCCUCUUGUCGCUCAUCCCCAUCAUACUGGACUCGGCGCAGACGCUGCAUCUGUUCGAGACGGUGCCCUGGUUCGCCGUCGUCGUCGUCACUGUCGCGGACCGCCCGACGCGCACCCCGCGGCUGCUGCUCGCCCAGUACGCCGUCAUGCUGCUCACCAGCGUCGCCAUCUACUCGAUGCACUUUCUCGACCACGACCUGCUCUACGUCGAGCCCACGCAGAUCAUCCGCGACGCGCUCGCCCUCGUCGCCCUCGCCUGCAUCUUGGCCAUGCCUCUGCGCGACCCGGCCUGGGACGUGGACAACAUUGGCUCCUCGGCGCUGCCGCCGUCGUCGCUCCUCCGCAGCCCCGAGGACAGCCUCUCGCUCCUGCGCUUCUGGACCAUGAGCUGGGUCACGCCGCUGGCGCGCCUCUGCCGGAAGCGCGAAAUCACCGUCGACGACGUCUGGCAGCUGCCCUACGACUUUCAGCACACGCGCCUGUACAUGGCCUUUCGCGAGGUCCGCGGCCGCCUGCUGCCCUGCCUCGUCCGCGCCAACGGCCUCGACCUCUGCCUGUCCACGUCGCUCGCCGUCGCCGAAAAGGUCCUCGAGGUGACCAAUAUCCGCCUCACCAGCAAGCUCUACCGCGCUCUCGACCGCGCCGAGCCGCGCGAGGCCAUUUACUGGUGCGUCGUCAUGCUCGGCCUCGACGCCGUCCGCCAGGUCGCCAAGACGACGGCCAACUGGUACUCCCGCAAGGCCUAUGAGCGCUCGCGCGGCGAGACCUUUAUCGGCCUCUUUGGCAAGCUCCUCACCCGCGCCGUGCCCGGCUCUGACGCCACCGAAAAGGGGCCCCAGAACCGCACAUCCCCGCGCCGCGACAUGACCACCGCUGACGGCGAGCAGCAGCAGACCAAGAUGCAGCGCUUCGUCUCACGCAUCUGCGGUCGUCGCGACAAGACGCCGCCGGCCGCCGCCGCCGCCGCUGCCGCCGUCUCCGCGCAGCCCGCGUCCAACGCCAAAGUCGUCAACCUCGUGCGCGGCGACACGUACGAAAUCUCGCAGCGCUUCUGGGAUUUCCAGAAACUCGUGUCGCAGCCCAUCAAAAUCAUCUUCACCUUGUACUUUCUCGUGGACAUUAUGGGCUGGCCGUCGUCGAUUGGCUUCGCGCUCAUGGCCGUCUUCCUGACGUGCAACUCGCUGCUCGUCAAGCAUCUCAUCGCGCUCGAGCGCCAGCGCACGGCGCACUCGGACAAGCGCGCGCAGGCCGUGUCGCACUUUGUCGAGGCCAGCCGUCCGCUCAAGCUCAACGGCUGGACCGACUCGUGGAGCGCGCGCAUCUUUGCGUUUCGCGCGCUCGAGAUGCGCAAGCGCCUGCAAAUGGCCUACGUGACCGCGUGCAUCUCCACGCUCAACGUCGCCGGCGGCACGUCGUAUCCGCUCGCCAGCAUCGCGCUCUUUACCGUCGUCCUGCGCCGCGGGCUGCCCAACGACGUCAUCUGGCCGUCGCUGCAGCUCUUUUCCCAGCUCGAGGCCUCGGUCAAGGAGGCCUUUGACCUCGUCUCGGCCUUUUGGAAGACCACCAUCCCCGUCGAGCGCGUCCACGCCUACAUGGCCGAGCCCGACCGCGACGUCGCCUCUUCGCUCACCCCCGACGCCAAGACCAUUUCCUUUCACCGCGCCUCCUUUGCCUGGCCGUCCACCGACACCGCUGUCCUGCGCGACCUCGACUUUGAGAUCCCCGUCGGCGGGCUCACCGUCAUCCGCGGCCCCGUCGGCGCCGGCAAGUCCUCGCUGCUGCUCGCCGCGCUCAACGAGAUGGAGCUGCGCAGCGGAUCGCUCACCGUCCCCGACGAGCCCAUCGGCUACGCGCAGCAGCUGCCCUGGCUGCAGAACAAGACGAUCCGCGACAACAUUGUCUUCCAGCACCCCUUUGACGCCCACCGCUACCGCCAAGUCGUCCACGCCUGCGCGCUCGCCCCGGACCUCGCCGCCUUUCCCGCCGGCGACAUGACCAAGCUGGAGGAAGGCGGCGUCGGCCUGUCGGGCGGACAAAAGGCGCGCGUCGCCCUCGCCCGCGCCGUCUACUCGCCGAGCCGCGUGCUGCUCCUCGACGACCCCCUCGCGCCGCUCGACCACGACACGGCCGCCGCCAUUGUCCGGCGCUUUUUGCAAGGGCCGCUCGCAAAGGACCGCACGAUUGUCAUGGUGACGCACCGCGACGACCUUGUGCUGCGCAUCGCCGACGCCGUCGUCGACGUGGACGCCGGCACCGCGCGCGUGCUCACCCCCGCGCAGGUGCAGGAAGAACUCGCGCAUCCGUACCACGCCGCAGACGAGAACACGGCCCACGACGACGCCGACCAUUCUUCCGCUGCGCACGACGACGACGCGGCCCUCUCCGGCGGCGGGCGACUCGACCCCGAGGAUCCAAGCGCGACGGGCAGCGUCUCGUGGACCGUGUACCUGCGGUACAUGCAAGCCGGCGGCUGGCACCUAUGGGUGCUGCUGGCUGUGGCGUACGGCAUAUCGCGGUACUGCGACAUUGCUCGCGCGCGGCUCCUCGAGGAAUGGGGCAAGGACACGGCCGCAGCGCGAGGGCUCCUCGAUGAACCGCGCGGCUACUGGGGCUUACCCGACGCGGGGUCGCAUCCGGGCGUGUGGCUGUACGUGCUCGCGGGCUUGUCGGCCGGCCAAAUCGUGAGCUACGGCGGCGCGCAGGUGCUGCUCGCGCGCAUCAGCAUCGGCGCCGCGCAGGGCCUGUUCCGGACGGCGGUGGAAAAGGUCAGCCGGGCGACGUUUCGGUACCACGACACGACGCCGACGGGGCAGCUCAAGAACCGGCUCAUUGCCGACAUGUCCAUGGUCGACGGCGGCAUCCUGCAGCCGCUCGAGUCGUUUGUCUUCAACCUCAUCUCGCUCGUCAUGGCCGUCGUCGCCAUUGCCACGCAUCAGCCCAUCCUGCUCGCCGUCCUCGGCGCCGUCUCCCUCCUCUUCAUCUUCUUCUUCCGCCUCUACGUCCCCGUAUCCCGCUGCCUCCGCCGCCUCGAGAUGCGCUACCUCACGCCCAUCAUCGCCAACAUUGGCGUCAUGCAAGACGGCCUCGUCACGAUCCGCGCUCUCCGCGUCCAGUCGCACUUUCAGCAGCGCCACCUCGAAGCCGUCGACGACUUUCAGAAGCAGGACCACUUUUUCUGGAGCAUGGCGUUUUGGCUCGAUUUCCGCCUCUCCAUGAGCUCGGCCGUCACGCGCGCCGCGCUCAUCGUACUCAUGGUCGCGCUCGGCACCGCGGCGUCGGCCGUCGGGUUCGUCCUCACGCAGACGACGAUUGCCAUGGCGGCCGUGCAGCAGCUCUGCGAGCGCUUCGCCCAGCUGCAGCUCGACGCCGUGAGCCUGGAGCGCGUGCACAUGCUCAACGCCAUCCCCGCGGAGCCGACCGGCGACACGCAGCCCCCUUCCGACGACUGGCCGGCGCCGGGCGACGCCGUUACUUUUACCGACGUGACCUUUCAGUACGACGACGAUUUGCCCGCCGUGCUCGACGGCGUCAGCCUCUCCAUCCCCGGCGGAUCUACAUGCGCGGUGCUCGGCCGCACCGGCUCCGGCAAGUCCACCAUUGCCAACGCGCUCCUCGCCACGCGCGCCCCGACCCGCGGCACCUUAACCGUCGGCGGCGUGGACCUCGCCACCGUCGACCGCGCCGCCCUGCGCCGGCGCAUCACGUUUAUCCAGCAGGACCCUGUUCUGUUCCCGGGUACGCUGCGCGACAACCUCGAUCCCGAGGGCCGCUUUUCCGACGCUGCCUGCGCCAACGCCAUAUCGCGCGUGCUCGGCGCGACCUGGACGCUCGACACGCGCAUUGACGCCGGCGGCAAGAACCUGUCGCAGGGCCAGCGACAGCUCGUCGGCAUCGGGCGCGCCGUGCUGCGGCGGUCCGGGCUCGUCAUCCUCGACGAGGCCACGGCGAGCAUCGAUCGCGCGACCGCCGCCACGGUGCAGAGGGUGCUGAGGGAGGAGCUGGCGGAGAGCACGGUGAUUACGAUUGCGCAUCGGCUCGAGGCCGUCGAGGACGCGAAUUGGUGCGUGAGGAUGGAGAGGGGUAGGGUGCUCGAGUGUGGUCCUGCGCGGGACUUGGCGACGAAUGGAAAGUAG